AAGGAUGGGAAGCUCUGCCUAGUAGAUGUACAUGGUGACAUACUUGUUUUUUAUUUCCUGACAGCCGACGACGAUAGUGUCAUCAAGAGGUGGAUGUUGUACAAGGAGUUCCCGUUGGUCCCAAUUGUUAAGAAUCUCACUGGAUUCUCAAAAGAUGAAGAGCUCCGUCAUGUCAGGGUGAAGGUUGUGAGGAUCAUCGAUGGCUUUGUAUACCUGUCUAUUUUCUACUACAAGGACACACAAUCUUCUGAGUUGUAUCUAUCCUUGUGCCUAGAAACAUCGGAGAUAUGCAAGCUCUUUAAAGGUGCAUAUUGCUACAAUUUGCAGAGCCAUCCCUACGUCAUGGCAUGGCCUCCCUCUUUGUUACAAAGCAAGGAGGAAUCAGAAACUGAAUUCACUGAAGACAGUGUUGCAGACGAUGGUCCUGUUGGCACAGAGAAAGCUUCCUCUGUGCUUGUCGCGGCACUGGAGUCUCUCAGCCAAGCUCUGAUGGAUGACGGUGCUAUUACUAAAGAAAUAGUUGCGGCGGUACAUGCCAGCUUGCACCCCGGCACGGAUCAAGAUGGCAUCACUAAAAAUGUAAUGGCGACGUUAGAUGCCUUCUUGCGUCCCAACGAAGACGGCGAUGGUCUGCUGAGCAAGAUCACUAGUUUUGAUGCACAGUUGAUAACUGGAAGAGACCGUAUCUUGAGGACAAGUGUAUGACUCCGAGGUCCAGAAACAAGCGAAACCUGAUGAUGAAAUGGUGCUAAGUGCACAAUUGGAAGCUGUCAAGACUCAAGAGCUUGUUGGAAGGCGGUGUGUGUAUUCUGAUGUGUGUGUUGUGUGUUUGUUGUGAUGAUACAAGCUUCUGGUGAGAUGGUUAGUAUUUCAGUUUUUGAAUGGUGUAAAGAGCUAGCGUAUGUGUAUGGCUAGUCUCACAUACUGAUUCCAAUGAUUGGCGUAACCAUCAGCUCUUUCGGUAUGAUAUUAAGCCAUGGAUUUGCUUCUCA